AUGCCUAAGGAAGCCAAGACCACGCGUGCCAGCAAGAAGGGCGGUGACAAGACCGCCGGCGGCAAGAAGAAGAAGGACCCCAACAUGCCAAAGCGCGGUCUCUCCGCCUACAUGUUCUUCGCCAACGACCAGCGCGACAAGGUCCGCGAUGACAACCCCGGCAUCAAGUUCGGCGAGGUUGGCAAGAUCCUUGGUGAGAAGUGGAAGGGUCUCACCGAGAAGCAAAAGGCCCCAUAUGAGGCCAAGGCUGCUGCCGACAAGAAGCGGUACGAGGAGGAGAAGGCCGCCUACACUGCUGGUGGCGACGAUGAGGAGGACGAGGAGUAG